GCACAUUUCCCCCUCGAUGAUCCCUAGCCGAUUCUCCUUCAGCUCCACGAGCUCACUUGGACUUCUUCUUUUCUUUCUCUUCCUUCUUUCCUUCUCAUGUGCACCAAUUCCUCCAGGACAGUCAACAGGUUGCGGUGCUCAGUAUGAAGGCGAAGGUCAGUCCGCUGUUCAGCCCCAUAUGGCGGCGGAACUUCUCCGCAUCCUCCGCCCAGAGGGCGAUCGACAAGGUCGUUCCCUCCGCCGCGGAGGCUGUUAAGGACGUGAAGGGAGACUCUACGCUUCUCGUGGGAGGAUUUGGUUUCUCCGGUGUUCCCAACACGCUCAUCAAUGCCCUGCGGGACAGGCCCGAAUUGAAGGGCUUCACCGUUGUCUCCAACAAUGCUGGCAUGCCAGGAGUCGGCCUGGGCCAACUCCUUGAAUCCGGUCAGAUUAGCAAGAUGAUCGCUUCCUUCAUUGGCGAAAACAAGGUCUUCGAGAAGAUGUACCUCACCGGAGAUCUGUCUCUGGAGCUCACUCCUCAAGGCUCAAUUGCAGAGAAGUGCGCUGCUGGUGCUGCUGGUGUCCCCGCUUUCUAUACCCCUGCUGCUUAUGGAACUAUCGUGCAAACUGGUGAACUCCCUGUCCGCUACAACAAAGACGGAACUGUCGCAGAAAAGUCGAAACCCAAGGAAACCCGUGAAUUCAAUGGCAAGCAAUACGUUCUGGAAGAGGCUAUCUUCGGUGACUACGCUCUGGUCAAGGUCCACAAGGCAGACAAGCUUGGUAACUGCCAGUUCCGCAAGGCCAUGAACAACUUCAACGAGGCUAUGGGAAAGAACGCCAAGGUUACUCUCGUCGAGGCCGAUCAGAUCGUCGAGGUUGGCGAGAUCGCUCCCGAGGACAUUCAUCUGCAGGGUAUCUACGUCGACAAGGUCAUCCAGAGCACCGAGCCCAAGAAGAUCGAGAAGUACACCUACGCCAAGGACCCGAACGAGUUGCUGAAGGCCGGCAGCGGAGAUGCCACUGCUCGCCGUGAGCGUAUCGUCCGUCGUGCCGCUAAGGAGUUCAAGGACGGCAUGUACGUGAACUUGGGUAUUGGAAUUCCUCUUAUCGCCCCCUCUUUCCUGCCCGAGGGUGUGGAAGUCGUCUUGCAAUCUGAAAACGGUAUCCUUGGACUUGGUGGUUACCCCAAGCCCGGCGAGGAGGACCCUGACCUCAUCAACCCGGGUAAGGAAACCGUUGUUCUGGGCCGUGGCGCUUCUCUGUUCGGAUCGCACGAGAGUUUCGGUAUGAUUCGCGCUGGUAAGAUCGAUCUCACCAUGCUGGGUGCGCUGCAGGUCAGCCAGUACGGAGAUCUUGCCAACUUCAUGCUUCCCGGUAAAGUCAAGGGUAUUGGUGGUGCUAUGGACCUGGUUGCGAACCCUGAGAAGACCAAGGUCGUCGUCACCAUGGAGCACGUUGAUAAGAAGGGCAACCCCAAGAUCCUUUCUGAGUGCACCUUCCCCCUGACCGGUCCCCGCUGUGUCUGGAAGAUCAUCACCGAUCUCGCCGUCUUUGAUGUCAGCCCCACCGAGGGUCUGACCUUGAGGGAGUUUGCUGAAGGUGUUAGCGUUGACGAGAUCAAGGCUAAGACGGCCGCUCCCUUCAAGGUUGCAGAUGAUCUGAAGCCAAUGCUUUAAGUUAAUCUGCAUGAUAUUAUAUAUAAUGAUUACAAAAUCGAAAUUUUCUUUCAAAUAAUAGCCCAGUCUGAAAAUGCCUUGUCUUGUCGACCACGUAGAAGACAAUAACAAGCAUAAACCGAGUAACUAUACGC